GCCUAUGUGAGUCAGCUCUCGCAGCAGAUGGCUGAGAAAGAUUUGACUUUCCUGGCUCGGCAACCAGAAGUGGCUGAAGCCGAGAAUGACGCGACGAAGUCAGAAGAAGCAGAACCAGGACCUCCAAGUCUUGGCAGCAUCGGUCAUGAGUGGGGUUUGUGUCGACGCCCUUGCAUUUACCACCUUGCUUGCGGUAAGUGCACAAAGGGAGCAGAUUGCGGCUUUUGCCACAUGCCUCAUGGAGAGCGAGUUCCAAAGCUUGACAAGCAACAGCGCACUGUGCUACAAGAGCUAGGCGCUGGAGAGCUGUUGGCUUUGGUUCUGGAGCCAUUGAGGGCCAAAGUGGCGCAGAUGGGAUUGGAGGAGAACGCAGCAGAGCUCAUUGAGUUGUUGGAGAUGGAGCGUGCUGGGCAAACCUCCGUGCUCAAGAACAACAAGACGCAUCCAAAGCUGCAUUGCAUCCGAAAGAUCAUGGGCCGCAUGAGCAUUGCGGGCCUGGUGGGCAUUGCUGGUUACAGCCAGACCGGGACAGAUUUUCGUGAUCGGUUGACGGGAGCAGUCGAGAAGAUGCGCUGCACAGGAUCUCUUUCACAGGAGAUAGCAGAGCUGAAGCCCUGUGUGAAGAAAAUUCUCACCAAGGGUGACCCGGGGUGGUUAGCAGGGAGCGGUUUCAAAGGUUCAGCCAUUCGAUGCCGCAUCACUGCUCCCCAGUGCAUCACUUGGGCCCUUUCCGACGCCAGCUGCAGCAGCAUUCCCGGCAUCGCCACUCUGAAGUGUCCGAGUCUUGGUAUCGUGCAGAAUUGGGGAAGUUCAGGUUUGAUGCUAGCUGGAGCAUGGCAUAGCGUUGGUGGUUUUUUCUUCAGCACUUGGGCUCAGAGUCUUGAACUGCUCACUUCGCGUGUCAUGGCCUUUGAGUUGACCUACCGCUUGACCUUCAUCGACACCGUGGAGGCUCCGGCCAUUGGAGCCUUGCCUCGUUCCCGCAGCUUGCCAGCUUUGGGCAGCGCCCCAACUGCAGAUGAGGAGGUUCAAUACCAGGCGCCUCGGCAGGUUUCAGGUUACCGGGAGGCCUCAGAAGCGUACCAAAGUGUCAUGUUGAAAUGGAAG